AGCAUGGUGGAGACUCUGGUGGACAGCACAGUAGCUCUGCCAUGUAAAGCCACGGUUCACCCUCACGGUGAUACUCCUAACUUGCUCCUCUUCUACAGGCAAGCAUCGAACAUCCCAUUCUUUAGUUAUGACGCACGUAACGGCGACUUCUGGCGGGCAGGCAGCUCCAAGAUACGCGACGCAGGCUACAACGGUCGUGUCUCCUUGAAUCUGACGCAGCCACAGCGGGUUCGUCUUACCUUGCAGCGCGUCACACUCAAGGAUCAGGGUGACUUCACCUGCAGAGUUGACUUUCGCAGCUCACCUUCCCUUACCUCCAUUGUCAAGCUCAACGUCUAUGCUAACCCCAGCAUAGGCCCCACAGUCAAGCUUCUUGGGAGUGGGAUCCUUGAAACUUCAGUCUUGUUACGGACUGACGUGGGACCUUUCUUUGAGGGAGAGAAACUCAACUUAUCCUGUACUGUUAUAGGUGGAUUUCCACUGCCAAGAGUGACGUGGUGGCAGGAUGCAAAUUUGCUAGACAAUACUAGCUACGUGGUGAGGAGCAGCAGCGGUGAAAGACCGCUACACACUGUCAACGAAGUCACCGUGGGACCACUCACGCGAGAACUGGUCCAGGUUCCUCUCACCUGUAGGUCGGAGAACAACCCACUCUCUCCACCCAUGGACCACACCAUCAAUAUUAAGUUACACAUGGCACCGCAGCGGGUGGUGCUGACGCAGGAGGCAGCAGUACGAGCGGGUGUUACGGAACGCCUGCAGUGUAAGGCUGUGGGAGCCUUCCCGGAAGCUAACAUCACCUGGACGCUCAACGGGAAGAAACUCGACUACACUGCUAAAGAGACUCGGCAGGUUGGGAGCGACACGGUGUCUUGGGUUGGAUUCAUCGCCACUCCCAAAGAGAACGGCGCCGUGUUGACGUGUACAGCGGUGUCGUCUACACUGUCAAACCCUCCCGUCUCCACAAACACAACACUCAAUGUAACACACGCUCCGCUGGUCCGUCUUCAGCUAGGGUCGUCGCUACGACCACAUCACAUACGACAAGGUGAUGAUGUUUACUUCGACUGUCAGGUAGUGGCCAAUCCUGCAGUGCAGCGCAUCACCUGGUACAAGGAGGAGACGGAGGUUCGACACCACAAGGCAGCUGGUGUGUUGGUAGGAGGGACCAACCUGGUGCUGCAGAGUGUUCAGCGUCCAGACGCUGGUACCUACACUUGCUCAGCUACUAAUGUCGUCGGUACCUCUCGUAGCAACCCUCUCACUCUUAGUAUACAAUACGGACCAGUGUGUGCACAGGAGCGCGUGACGGUGACUGCUGUAGAAGGAGAGGUUGUGACACUACAGUGUUCGGUGGAUGCAUACCCAGCGAAUGUCACUUUCUUCUGGUUAUUUAACAACACUGUGGACUCGACAAACUUCAGGCCCGGUGAGUAUACAGUAACGGGCUCAGUGUCAAGGCUUCGCUACGUGGCGUAUUCUGCCAGAGACUACGGUACAGUGUUCUGCUGGGCCUCGAACAUCGUGGGACACCAGAGUGAUCCUUGCGCCUUCACACUUCAGCCAGCAGGUGCCCCAGAUAGUGUAAGAGACUGUGUGUUGACUAAUCAGUCAGCUGGGUCACUACACAUCACCUGUCAGCCAGGGGCGGACGGGGGACUCACUCAAAACUUUAGAGCUGAGGUAUACACGGGAGGGUCUACGAAGCCACUCCGGGUUUUGGAAGGAAUGUCUCCCGUCUUCACCUUGGAAGGACUCGCUCCUGGAGGAGACUAUAUGGUCACCCUCACCGCUAUUAACCGAAAGGGCAUCUCUCCUCCUGUCUCCCUGGAGGCAUUCACCCUUAAAGUAGCAGAAAACAGAAUGAUGGCAGUCUCCGGGGUGUCGAGCAGUCAGCCAGAGCCGGAGGAGAGUGCUGAUGGGACAGUGUCACCACUCCUUGGUGUUUUCCUGGGCGUUGUAGGAGUAUUUCUCUUUCUAGUAGCAGCCGCAGUCUUCAUCACCCGUCAUCACUGUUCCCGUGGCUCUGGUCUCAUUCCUGACCUGGUGGCUGCGCAAGGGCUGGAGGUUAAGGCUGAGAGCAGCCAGUUGAUGACCAGCAACCGAGACGAGCUUCUGGACAACAACGAUGUGAACGAGGCUGACCCAUUCCUGGUUACAUCUGAGUGCAGUACAGAAACAGCUUCCACACCAGCUAGCGCAGGUGGUGGCGUGGUAUUCACCAUCCCUGCUCACAUCCCGCCACCUCCUCAGUAUUGCUCUACCACUUGUAACGAGCUGUCGCCCACCCAGCACGCUUUACAACACACCUGUGGCACUCAAAAUGUGCCACAACGCACCUCAGAUCCCCAGCACACUAUUCCAUGGCCCUCGGGUAGUCAGCACACGCUUCCUCGCUUUUCGGAAAGUCAGCACUCUGUACACCCUGCUCAGGACAUCCAACACACUUUACAACAAACAUCUCCAUUACAGCAUUGUCUGCUGCGAACUUCCUCGAUGGAGCGAGGCGAAGGUCACACCGCGGGUUCUCGUAACUGCUUAGCUGGAACAUUGCUACCAGCACAUACCCAGCAUCACGGAACUCCUCCCACCUUCUCCUUACAGUAUCCAACCCAUGCGCAGAUCGUCUACACCUCAGGAACAGAUGCUGUUCUUCAACAUCCACUAGGAAUACCGCAGGUACCACAACCGGCAGCGAUCCACUACGUGCAACCUCAUCCAGGGCUCGGAGGCGAUGCUCCACCCACACUUACCACUAACCAAAGGGGCGCCCCUGCAGCACAUAUGUAUGCGUCGCAACAUAUAGGUCUAGGGAUCACGUCGAGCCAAUUGGGAAGAAAUUCACUUCAUCAGAAAUCUUUGCUGUCACAGGAUAGAAUAGAAUACACAAAAAAGCCCUCAAACAUAGUGCCACAGGGCAGUCAAGAGUACGCAGAAGAGACUAUAAUCAUGGCGUCACAGGGCGGUAUAGAGUGUGCAGGGGUGUCCCAGGGGGGAGUAGAGUACAUAGAGAAGCCCUCUAGCAUGCACUCCAGCCCUCAGAGUGGAGCCAGGCAAGUCUCCUGGACCGGUGGCCCUACUCACGGAGAGGAAAGUGCUGUGUAGUUUCUUGCGGUAUUUAUAAAUUUCACUGUUGUGUCCUUUACCACUGCAGUUUUACUCUUUACUAAGUUUCUCUUAUAUUCAUAUAUAAAUCAACAAGUGUUAACUUACGGAAUGGUUAAUUUAAUUUAGCAAGAGUCACAUUGGGCUAAGUUACACUUCCUAUAUGAGCACCUGUAAAAUUUCUGAAUUUGUACGUAGGCGAGAAAAUCUCCAUAACGAUUGGAAUGUAGCUCAAAACCUCGAAGUAAUUCCUGUAAUAAUAAGUAAAAUAUAUAAAUACUUCCUUAGUUACGGUACAUAACCUUAGAGUCUAAUUUUAAAGUGCUAAAUAUUACAUUUGAAUUAAUAUAAGACACUCUGAGUGGUCGAUACUCCUACCCCUAAGAGUGAGAUAAAAACUCUGCCUAAAUGGACUCACCAGCUAUUUAUCCCCCGACCUCCUUGACAAGAGCCGCUGGAGAAGCCACCAGACAGUAUCCUGUUAUGUGUGACAAAAUUAAAUAUAGAUCUGAAUAAUUAUAUAAAAAAUUCAUUUGGCAAGUCCUCUUACAAAAUACUUAAUUUUCUCACUAGGCUACUGAACAGUAUAUUCAUAUAACAAUGUUAAUAAUAAUAAUAAUAAUAAUAAUAAUAAUAAU